UCGAUCAGAGUCAGCAAUCUGUUCAAUACGAACGUGAACGUGCGCCAUGGAAAGAUCGUCGUGUUUAACGUGUGGUCAAACACCAGAAACAUUCCACGUUAUAUCAGGGACCGAAGACAUCAGUAAUGUUAUCUGUCAGCAUUUUUGGUUUCAGAUGGAUUUUCUGCAAACUGCCAUCAUCUGCGAGCUCUGCUGGCAAACAGUUUACCAAUUCCAUUGCUUCUACGAAGACGUUAAAAAAUACCAUGAGCAGCUGUCGGUAGCGAACGAGGUGCCGAACUCGAUUUUCAUCAAGCGCGAAGCGAUUGAGUUCGAAGCAGACGUCGAAAGAAGCACAGUCGAGGAAGAUGUCUUGCUCGGUGAAGAAGGUGAAGUCCAGAUUGCAGAGGACCCCAAUAAACUGUCGAUAGAGGCUGAUCAGUUGCCUUCAGUCUCGAUGAAACAAAUAAAGUCAAGAUCAUCAGACGGUCAGAUCGUUAAGAAACUAACUAAAAAGAAGAUAGCUCAAAACCGGAAAUUAGAAUUCGACCAAAGAAGACAAACCGAAGACACUUUCAUCAAGCAGCAUUUGCCCUAUAACUGUGACGAGUGCCCUUUGAAAUUUGAAGAUUUCAUCUCGAUACGUCGCCACAGGAUCAAUCUCCAUGGCAAGGAUUACAUCGCGUGCUGCGGUAACCAGUACACCAGUCGAAGGUUACUGUUCCAACAUGUUCAGGGUACGCUCAACCCGGAAGCAUUCAAAUGCGAGCUGUGCAACAAAACGUACAAGUUGAACGUGGGAUACGUCAAUCACAAGCAGAGAUGCCAUCCGAACGACGAUCCAUUCCGAUGUGAUCAAUGCCCGAAGCGUUUCACUACGCAAGCAGCGCUCGAUCGUCACAUUGCAAUCCAUGCAAGGUUUCAGAAAGAGAAACCAACCGAAAGACCCAAGUGCGAAAUCUGUGGCAAAUCUUUCUAUAGAGCCCUUGGGUUGAAGGAGCACAUGGAUGCCGUUCACGAGAAAAAGGCCGUGUACGUGUGCGAGAUUUGCACGAAACCAUUUGCCAGACAGUGGAUGUUCAAGGAGCAUCGGAUGACACACGAGUACACCGCCGACGAGCUGAAGAAACAGUGCCCGAUCUGCAAGCGGUGGCAGAAGAACCUACGGCUGUGGAAGAAACAUAUGAGUCGACACAAAGGUGAAGGAGCGCACAAAUGUGACCAAUGCGAGCACGUUUCGGUCAGCUUGAUCGGACUGAAGCAACACGUCGAUCGGAUGCACGAGAAAAAGUUGGAAUGUGUGUGCGAUCUGUGCGGCAAAGUGUACGGACACCCAGUUACAUUGAAGGAACACGUUGCCAACGCGCACACGAAAGAACCGCUGUACCAGUGCCGGUUCUGCGAGAAGAAAUUCUACUCCUGCGCCACCAUGUCCACGCACAGAAAGAAAGAGCACCCGAAGGAGUGGCAGGAGUACAUGGACGCUAAAUAUGGGUUCGAAAAAGCGGGGAAAGUUGAGGACCACAAUUCGGCGUAACAACUUGUUGUAUGAGUUAGAUCAAACGUAUACAAUUAUACUAUCAAACAUAUAGUCUUGUUUUUAAACAA